GCCCGCAGAGCCACACCCCAGCAGGCCCCCACCUCCCUGGCUGGCCCAGAUCCACCCCAUCAGGGCUCCCCCCUUUCCUGGCCUGCAGGGUAUAAAAGGCCACCCCAGAGCCGCUCCGGGCAGUUUUGGGUGCUUCCCUUCCUUCAGCCCCAAGAGCAAGCGCAUCCCAGCCACCCACCAUGGUCAACUGGACCUCCGAGGAGAAGAGCACCAUCAGUGCCAUCUGGGGCAAGGUCGACGUGGGGAAUGUUGGUGGUGAGUGCCUUGGCAGGAUGCUGGUAGUAUACCCUUGGACUCAGCGAUUCUUCACCAGCUUUGGGAACUUAAGCAAUGCUGCGGCCAUCAUGAGCAACGCUCAGGUCAAAGCCCACGGCAAAAAGGUCUUCACCGCCUUCGGAGACGCUGUCAAGAACCCGGAGAGUGUCAAGAUGACCUUUGCCAAGCUGAGCGAGCUGCACUGCGACAAGCUGCACGUGGACCCCGAGAACUUCAAGGUGAGACCCCGGCCCCCUCCCUCCAGGCUGGCCAGAGGACCCCGGCCCCUCUGCAGCAGCCUGCCUCCUACCUUGGCGGCUCAGCCCAUCAAAGAGAAGCCCCCCUUGGGG